UUAUGCAAAAUAUUCAGAUUAUCAAUAAAGAUAAUGUAGCUAGUAUUUCACGAAUAGCACAAAGAGAGUAUGAUAAGUAUUUUGUAACAGAAAAUAUACUUGGUUCUAUCUUGUCUUGGCAACCGUUUUUACUCGAAAUAUCCAAAACUACCUCGUAUAACAAAUACCUCAACAAAGGUCAAAUAUUUAAUCAAAAAAGAUCAACAUCACAGAUCCGUCGAAACAUUAUGUUGAAUGUUACUGGAAAAGUAAGAAAAAAUAAAGGUGACAAUAAUUCUGCACCUCGCUUUACAACUAAUGUAAAAUUCAAAGUUUUCAUGAACUCAAAAAUACGACAUCACAAAUAUGAAAAAAAUAAUAAUGUUUUUGGGCUACUUAAUACGAUAAAGAAAGCAAGCUAUUGCUAUUAUUCAAUGAAAAAGUCUACAGUGACUAAUUCAAAGUUUGAAGAUAUUUGCUCCAAAUUGACCAGAAAUAAUAAUUCCUCAACUUGUACACAAGAAAGGCAUAUGCCUAAAGCAAAAUAUACAAAAUGUGUUGUAAAAAGAUUAAAUAACGUAAUAAAAAAAUAUGAACAAGAUGAACUUAAAUGGCUCCAUGAUAUUGUGGACAGUUGUAAAAAUACUCCUAAAGUUGAAAAGUUACUAAAACAAGACCAACAAGAAGAAGAAAAGCAAAGGUUACUAAAAAUUAAGAAAAAUCAUCUAAAGGGACAAAUAUCUCAUGAAGAUGCUAUUAUCGCAAAAAAGAACGUAUGUAAUGAAAAUAAAAGAAAAUAUAAUGAAUUCAUUAAAGAAAAACAACUAUGGGAGAAAGAAAUUGAAGAUUGGAAAAUGAAGCAAACUGAAUACAACCGUAAACAAGUUGAAAAAAUGUCGUUGAUCGAACUAAACUUAAUAAAUUCUAGAAAUUCGAUGUUUGAAAAAAGGCAAGAAAUGGCUGAGACAGUUCGUUAUGAUACCAAAUUACUAAAGGAACUAAUUUUAAAAAACAAAGAAGCUGAUCUUGAACGUAAAAUACAAAUCAUUAAAGAAAUUAAGACGUUAUCUAUGUUUGCUAGAAACUCUAGAAUGCAGAAAACAAUUGAUCUAAACGAAUCACCAGGUUUUGGUUUUCUAUGUGAAAUGUCUAUUGUUGAAUUGCAAAAAAGAUUAGCUGCAAUAAAAAUUAGCCUACAAAAAGAAUUAGAUGAAAAGAAAAACAAAAUAAAAACUUUAAAUACUCAAAAAAAGCUAGAGCUGGAGGAAACGAAGAAAAAUAAUGACAUUUUUCUAGCUGAAAGAGAAAGAUUACGAAAUGUAAAGAAGUCCGAAAUUAAAACAGAUAUAGUGUUUACCGAUGAGAUAAGUCGAUUAGAAAAAAUGUUGGCGAAAAGACGAAAUAAACGUAUUUUACUUACAAAACAAAAUUGCUAACCACUAAGCAAUUACUA